AUGCCAGAACAAGUAAUUCAUCAGAAUGUAAAUGUUUCGCAAUCUUCAAGCUGUGAGGAAGUUGGACAAAGUCAAUUAGCACCUUCCACUGUUCCUCCAAGUGUGAGAACUAUUGAAAGUGUGCAGAACCAGGAAGUGUUUGCUGAGGAAAAACAGACAACUGGGGCAAAUGUCAUGGAUGCAAACAUACCACAAGUUGGUUCAAGUAAUCCUCCAAUUCAAAACAUGAUAACGAAAGAGCUACUAGCUCCACUUUUUUCAGCCUCUCUGUUAUAUAUCUUUGGAGCCAUUCUGCAGCUCCCAAAAAUUUCUACUCCUUCUGUUUCUUUAGAUCCAAAGGGCACUCCCUUCCAAAGCAAAACUGAAGAGUCAGGUAACCCUGUUUCCAUAACAUCCACCAAACCAGGUCCUGCUGUUGGACUCCUAAAGCCGCGAGAUCCAAGACGUAAGUUUAGAGAGUCGAUGAUUGCUAAUGAAAAAAAGGUGGUCCCCACCAUUUCUCCAAGUCAAGAUAUCACAAAAGAUACAGCAGAAAUUCCAUCAUUGUUAUCUGAUUCAGUACAACAUUUUGAUGAGUCUAAAAAGUCUGCCUUUUCAGAAGAACAGCUUGUCAAGAGUGAACAUUCAAUUGAGUUGCAGAAAGGUGAAAAUGUUGAGGAUGGUAACGAGAAAAACAAAAUGGUAGCUGAAGGAAAGCCAAGUUCUUCUACAUGUGAACCUGAGGACGCAAAGACAGUGAAGGAUGUGCAAGGAAUUCAGGCAUUUAAAUUUGAAUUGGUUGAGUUCGUUAAGGAGCUUUUGGAUCCAGCGUGGAAAUGUGGAAAAAUAAAAAAAGAAGAUUAUAAAACAAUUGUGAAGAAAGUUGCUGACAAAGUUACUGAUACAGUGCAGCCGCCACAUAUUCCUCAGACAAAAGAGCAAAUUGACCGUUAUUUAUCAGUAUCAAAAACAAAGAUUGACAAACUUGUACAGGCAUAUGUGGAAAAGUUUCAGAAGACUUAGUGCAAGUACAUUAUUUGUUCCUUGCAUAUUAUGUUUCCAUUGAGAUCAGAUGAUAGUAUAAUGCAGAAACUUGGCAACAAAUGUAUGUACAUUUUGUAUGCAGAAACAAAGUGGUUUAUUGUUUUGUUGUAUUUCUCAGGGUAAAGCUUUGGGUGGCCAGUGUUAUUAGAUAUUAGUUAUAACCCAGAGCUGUAACUGUAACGUGUGAUCUAUCUUUACAAGUAUUAUUUUCAUUUACCU